GUGGUUUGUGGGCGUUUUUUGAUUGGCGCGGUCGUCGACAGAGGGGCUGCCUUCUUCUGCCGUGGUUGUCGUGCGCAGGGAAGAGGUUCGCCCUCACGUCUCAGGGGCCAGGCCGAGGGAAAACAAAGGAAUCCAUACUCGCGUGUGACGUCACAGGGCCAAACAUUGCUCAGCUGUCUCCCAUCUGUGAUAGUAAGCCGAGUUGAAAAAGACGGGCUAUGCUACUCGGUUCGAGAAGGUAGAAGGACGGAGCGACUCGGUACACGUCUAUCGGGAGCGUAGACCGGAGCUCGGGAUUUCAAGACGGAGGCCCGAUAGCAGCCUGGACUCGCAGGGAGACCCGGAGGAGGGCGGCUUGGACCCGCCACCGCGAAAGAAGUCUCGGACUUCGGUUGAAGUCGAAGCGACGGCUACGAUGCAAGCGAAUGGCUCUUCGCCCUCGCCCCAGCUCCUGCUCAAGGAAGAGCAGUCCAACCCCAGCCCGUCGCCAAAGGGCGACCCCGUUCACAUCAAGACGGAAAACGGAGCUGAGAACGACAGGAUAUUCAAUAAAACAGACCAGGACAUCGUCAGGCUCAUCGGCCAGCACCUCAAGAGCAUGGGCCUUCAACAAACAGCUGAAAUGCUCAUGAGGGAAUCUGGCUGUCGUUUAGACCACCCUGCAGCUGCCAAAUUUAGGCAGCAUGUCAUGGAUGGGGAAUGGAAUAAAGCUGAUAAUGACUUAAAUGAGCUUAGACCUUUGCUGGAGAAAUCCACACACAGUUUAUCAGAGAUGAAGUUUUUAAUACUUGAGCAAAAGUAUUUGGAAUAUUUAGAGGACAGAAGAGUUUUGGAUGCCCUCCAUGUUCUUAGGAAUGAGCUCACUCCACUUCAGUACAAUAUAAACCGUGUGCAUGAGAUAAGCAGUUUUAUGAUGUGUGGAGGUCCAGAAGAACUUAAAUGUAUCACUGGUUGGGAAGGAAAAGGGAACGCCUCCAGGUCAAAGCUGAUGGACAAAUUACAACAAUUUCUCCCUCCGUCCAUAAUGCUACCACCAAGAAGGUUACAUGCACUAUUGUCUCAAGCUGUUGAGCUACAGAAGAAAAAAUGUCCGUAUCACAACACAAAAAUGGAAGAAGGCCUUGAAAACAUUUCAUUGCUUGUUGAUCACAAAUGUUCAAGGGAGCAGUUCCCAUGUGAGACAAUCCAAGUGUUGAAUGAUCAUUGCGAUGAAGUGUGGUAUUGCCGUUUUUCCCCAGAUGGACUCAAAUUAGCAACCGGGUCCAAGGACACGACAGUCAUCAUCUGGGAUGUUGACCCAGAGACACUUACUUGUACACAUCGUAAAACUUUGGAAGGGCACUCGUAUGGUGUCGCCUUCCUCGCUUGGUCCCCGGAUGGCACCCAUCUCAUCGCUUGUGGCCCAGAGGACAGCCCCGAGCUCUGGCUAUGGAACGUCGAAACUGAAGAGCUACGUGUCAAACUGUCUCACUCUCCUGAUGAUUCCCUCACAUCAUGUUCCUGGCAUAAAGAUGGAACCAGAUUUGUAACAGGAGGGAUUAGAGGUCAAUUCUACCAAUGUGACCUUUCAGGCAAUGUUAUAGACUCUUGGGAAGGGGUGAGAGUUAAUUGCCUGUGGUGCAGAUCAGAUGGAAAAAGUGUUCUUGCAGCCGAUACUCAUCAUAGAAUAAGAACAUAUAAUUUUGAUGAUCUUUCUGAUGCAAAUAUCCUACUUGAAGAUCAGCCCGUGGUGACAUUUUGUGUGGAUGACAGCGACAGAUUAGCACUGUUAAAUGUUGCAACGCAAGGCGUGCAUCUUUGGGACCUUGAGGACAAGGUUCUUAUCAGGAAGUUUCAAGGGGUGACACAAGGUCAUUUCACAAUCCAUUCGUGUUUUGGAGGAGUCAAUCAGGAUUUCAUUGCAAGCGGGAGUGAAGAUCACAAAGUGUAUGUCUGGCAUAUAAAGAGAGAAAGACCAAUUGCGACUUUAACUGGUCACACAAGAACGGUCAAUUGUGUAUCAUGGAAUCCUGUUUACCAUAGGAUGAUGGCUUCGGCCUCUGAUGACUGCACAGUUCGAAUCUGGGCUCCUGCUAACAUGGCACCUCAAGGAAGCAAAGAUGGCAACUUUUCUCCGAAGCUCGAACCAACCUACAUGGACAGUUUGGGCGAAAGUUCAAGUAGUUGUUCAAACGGAACAAGUUGGAAUGCGGAGAUGACUUCGUAGUGGAAGUGCCUCAACACUCUCAGAUAUCUGUGAGCCUCAUUACAACACCAUUCAGUCAUUACUCUGCGAAAAACACUUAUUUUGACAUAAUCAGCUCAUUACUUUGCAACUCGAUAUGAGAGUGAAAAAAUGUAAAUAAUUUAAUUAUUGUCCCUUAAUCUUUAGUGCUUGUUUGUUUUACAGAAUAUUGUAAAUAGUUUAUAUUAUAGUUGUAGUUUUUAAUUUAUUUUAAAACAUCUGGUGGAGAAAUCAAGAUUUUUUUUAAAAAAAUGUUUCUUAGUUUUUCUUUUUUUUUCUACUUGUUAACCAUAAUUCAUUAAAAUUGGGUGUAUUUCUUUUAUUUGUUCCUGUUAUUUCCUGCCCCUCUCUUGUUAAUUGAUACUCCCCCACAAAAUUUAACAAAUUUUAUAUGUUGUUUGAGAACUAAAAACCAAACAAAUAGGUGGUGCAAUAUGGAUUUAUAGUAGUAACAGACUUGGUAUUUCAGUAAGUUUUUAGGGAUGUGCUUUCUAAAUUAAAAUCGGUUUUGAUGUGAAUAUCUGUAUUAUUUUUUGUUGUUUUCUACUAAUGUUAACAUAUUUUAAAAAUUGUUUUUAAAAAAGAUUUACAUAUAUCAUUCACUGUACAGAUGAAAUUAAUUAAAUAUUAAAAAGGUGCAAGCCGAUUAUUUUAAAAGGAUAAGAUUAAUUGUUGAAUUGAUCAAGAGUAAUCGGUCGGUAUAAUGCUAGGCCUUAAAGUUUACUUGGCUUCACUUGAAAACUUGACCAUGAGAUUUGUAUUCACCACUAGCUGUUAAAAAAAAAAAAUUCAAAAGAGCUGCAAUUACUGUAUAUUUUAAUUAAAAUUGUAAUUCCAAAUUGUUAGUUGAUGAUAUGAACAAGGAUUAAA